UCAUCGCCUCCGCUGCCGCCGCUACCCAGACCAGCUGCCCGCGCCUCAGUGCCCCCAAACCAUUUGUCGGGUGUUGUGCGGUCUUGUCCACAACGCGAGUGACUUCAACUUCACCGUCGUCUUCGUGCCCCGCCCUCCUGCCCCAGUGCCCCAGAGUUGUCCUGACCUGACUUGACUUGUCCUGACGUGAGCUGACCGCCGCCCACCACUGAGGCAAGAUUAAGGAGUGCGUGGCAGGGGAUCGCAUCAACGUCACCUUUCCGCGAAGUUCCUGCCUGUGCUCUUCUAUUCACCCGUGUUCCCCUGAAUGUUACUGCCCCGGCUCGGCUCGUGGAGGGUUGACUCGUGGCUGCUAAGUACGUGUCUUCAGUUGUUCAUCCAGCAGGGAGGCGUUGAACCUUGUUGAACCUUCCCGGGCAGUGCUCUGAGUGGUGAAGUGAGGCACGCGUUCACUUCACCUAGUCAGUAAGGGAGAGUGGUUACCUGGGCAGCUGUUCGUCCCCAGGUGAGGGUAUAGGUGACUGUCACACUGCUAACCAACCCUCAGUGAGCCCUUUGUGACACCACCACACACUGCCUUACUUCGGUAACAUCACCUGAGCCGCUGCCCCCUGUAAUUUGUCAAAGAGGACGUGAGAGAGUGAGCGGUUACCUGAGCUGGUUGGUUCCCUUCUCCAGGUGAGGGUGAGGGAGGGUGCGCAAGACUGCCACUAACGCUGCAACUAACGGUCGUGAUGGCGGGCGCGGCGAGGCGUGUGAGCGGCACGGGUCUGGUGGCGGGCGCGCGGGGGCGAGCAGCAAACCACAGCGGCAGCAGCAGCAACAGAAGAAGAUGCGGCGUGGGCGUUGGCCUGACGGUGCUGUGGGUGGGGCUGAUGGUGGGGCUGGCGCAAGGCUACCCUCAGAACGGCGUGAUGGGCGUGGGCCUCCCCAAAGUGAUCAAGUGCCCCAGCAGCAUGGAAAUUUCCCCCUGCACUUGCCGGGAGAUGAAAAAAGGCAAGGACUCCGGCCUUGACAUCGUUUGCGAUAACACGGACCACAAACAUGUUCGUAACGCCCUCGACAUCCUCAAGAAUAAGCCAGCCGAGAUCUACUGGAUGAAGUUCCGUAACUGCAACCUGCCUCGCAUCACUGACUACGUAUUCCUGGGCCUCGAUGUGCGUCACCUCAACAUCAUCCGAAGCAACGUGAGCGCCAUCGAGCGGGCCUCCCUGUCUGCUCUGGGCGGCACUCUCCUCACACUCGACCUCGCCAACAACAAGAUUCGCGAGGUUCCCACAAGGGCGCUGGGGAUGCUGAAGAAGCUCACGUUCCUUAACCUCAACUACAACCCCAUAUCGGUGCUGAAUGAAGGCGCCUUUGACGGUCUGGUGAUGCUGGAGCGGCUUUCCCUCUACGACAACCACAUCACUCACAUCAACGACAAUGCUUUCAAGGGCAUCGGCAGGAAGCUGAUGCGGCUCAACCUGGGCAAGAACAAGUUGAAGUACAUCCCCACUGAUACCUUCCACCCACUCACCAACCUUGAAGUGCUCGACCUCCACGAGAACCGCAUCAGCCAGAUCCCAGAUGGUGCAUUUGAGGGUCUUCGCAAGCUGGACAUGCUGAAGCUGGAACACAACGAGAUCAAAACUAUCCAGGCCAACGUGUUCAGCGAUCUCACGGUGCUCAACUCCCUCAACAUUGAGCACAACCUCAUCGCCAACAUCAGUGACCGAGCAUUUGCCGGGCUGGAGAGUAACCUGGAGUGGCUAGAGCUGGGCCACAACGCGCUGGACCACAUCCCCUCACACGCCCUACGACCACUCCAUAACCUGAGGCAACUUGAUCUAGAGUCCAACAACAUCUCAUACGUGCAGGAGGACGCCUUCAAGGGGUAUGGCGACACCGUCAAGUACAUCCUGCUGGACAAGAACAACAUCAAGAGAAUCCCACCGCUGGCCUUCAUGGAUCUUCACUCGCUGGAAUGGCUCAAGCUCUCCUACAACGACCUUACCAGCCUCACCGAAGACACCGUCCAGCCCAUCCUUGACACACUCACCAUGAUUGACGUCUCGCAUAACCCUCUCCAGUGCAGCUGUGACUUGCUGUGGCUGUGGAGGUGGCUCAGUAACCCCAACAACCGCGAGACCAUGAUAUCAUCCAAUGAUCACAUAUGUAUCACAAAGGACCGUAAAUCCCACCCUAUCGAACAUCUCCCAGUGCAACAAUUUGACUGCCCCAGACACGUGCCCAAUGAAAUGAGAUCUCCUGACGGCGCGGCGGUGAUGGUCUGCUCGCCCAUCCUCGUAGCCGCCGGCAUCGCCUCCGUCGUCUUAACGGACAACGCGUGGCAUUAGUCUGCGUGAGCCCCGGGCCACGGCCUGCCUGGCCUUGGGUGCGGCCCGCGGUGGGGAUGCUGCUCCAAGGCAACACUAUCGCUCCUAAGAGGAUAUUUCAUGUCUAUCCACUAAUUACUGGCUACCUUGACAGCAUUCCAUACUGAACAGUGUAUCCAAGAGUGGACAAGUGACUGAUUGUAGCGAAAAGUGUUUCAACAAAGUGACGAGAGCAAGUCUGUCUUGUGACUAUGGCAGCACCAUGCACCAGGCCAGCAUGCAGUGCGCUGCUGCCAGGACGACCACGACGACAACAACAACAACAACAACAACAACAACAAUAACAGCAACAACAACAUAACUGCUACAAUUACAAGUACUACUUCCACUAUUGCUAUACUACUACUACUUCUUCUACUACUACUACUACUACUACUACUACUACUACUACUACUACUACUACUACUACUACUACUACUGUUGCUACUACUACUGUCGUAGUACUAUUACUAGUUUUAUUACACUACUACUUUUUAUUACUACUACUUUUGCUACGGGCAGCUUUUUCUACUUAUACUACUUACAUAUUCUUUUACAGCAUCAACAAAAACAACAUCAAUAACCACUAUUACUACUACAAUUUCUACUACUACUGUUACUACUACUACUUCUACUACUACUACCACUACUAACACUGUUACAUCUACUACAAGAUAGUAAUAAUAAGAAGAAUGAGUGAUAAUAACCAACCACGUAUCUAUUAUAUACGUUCUUUCCUUCAUUAUUAUGCAUUUGUUUCAUUAGAGAUAUAAUCAGGUGGAGGAAGGGUUGGCCCCAGCGCUGCCUGACCCCUUCUCUCCCUCCCCCUCGUGCUUGCCUCGGCUGCGGGCUCCCCCUCCCCCUCCCGCCUGACAGGUGCGGCAAGGUGUGUGGCGCAGCGUCGGCCUUACCUUGCCUCGCCAAACGCCGCGCCGCCACACCUACGCCGGAAAAAACUGACCAAUAGCUAAUAAGAUUCUAGUUCUUGUCACAGGUAACUUAAGUAACGCACACAGGUAAUAUCACUCCCGCCCUCCCCCCCCAAAAAAAAACGGCCUACUCCUAUUCCUACCCCCUCUCUCUCUCUCUCUCUCUCUCUCUCUCUCUCUCUCUCUCUCUCUCUCUCUCUCUCUCUCUCUCUCUCUCUCUCUCUCUCUCUCCUAUCCCAACUAAACCCAUCCUUUCCCAUCCUCUCCACACACACACACACACACACACACACACACACACACACACACACACACACACACACACACACACACACACAAGUUGGCGGGUUAUUACAAUCCAAGGUGACGGGCACCCUGAAUAGUUAGUUAUUGAAUUAUCUAAUUAAGAAUACUUGCUCUCAAAUUCUAGAAAAUCAAACAAAAAUAUAUGUAUAUUAUGCACGAUAUUUUUUCAACACACACACACACACACACACACACACACACACACACACACACACACACACACACACACACACACACACACACACAUUUCUGAAGAGAAUGAUUUCCAUUAGUAUAAGUCAGUUGUUGCAAUUUUUUAUUGAGAAUUUGUUAAAAAGAAAUGUUUUAUA